AUGAAAGGAACCAUUCCCUCAGUCCUGGGAAAGUUGCACAAGCUCUCAUCUUUAGACACCAACACCAGUGGUCUCAAGUGCCCCGACAACUACACCAGCUGUGGUGUGCCUCAGGAUGCGUCCUCUGGCUUCUGCCGCACCUGCCCUGACUUCUGUGCCACAUGUGACAAACCCAAACCUGCAGCGCCAAAUACAGAAACCUCCAACUCAGGAUUCCCCAUUUCGGCCGUCAUUGUGAUCGUCAUUGCUGGAGUUGCUGCUGCCGUGGCCCUCGCUGUCAUUCUCUACUACCACUUCUUUUACAGGCAUCUUAGAAGCAAGGUGCCACCGCAGGUGUGUCAGCGGUAUCCGCUGCGGGCGGUGGCGAGAGCAACCAACGGAUGCUUUGGCAUUGUGAUGCUUGAGGUGAUGACGGGCCGCCCCGUCAAGAGCGAUUCUCUCAUCAUUCCCUCCAAUAAUGAGGCGGGUCGGCAACUGCACAUCCUUCCCUGGGUCCAGCAGCAGCUGGCUCAAUAUGGCGGCAGCGAGGCAGUGGCAUGGCUAAAGGACGCGCGCAUGGAGGCGCGGGAUGAGUUGGUGUUGAGGGUGGUGCAGCUGGCUCUGCGAUGCACUGCCAUGCCGACCGCCAUGCGGCCGGCCAUGACAGAGAUUGCAGCCGAGCUGGAUGCUGUGCUGGUGGAAGUGGGCGGCAAACGCAUCAACUCCGCCGCCCAUCAGGUGGAUCAGGAAAUGGAGUCGCAGAGCAUGUCUGCUCCGAAGGUCAUGGCUUUCCGCGGCACAGCCGUCGCACCGCCCUCCUCCACCCCAUUCCCCUGCCGCGAUCCGCCUAUUGCGCGAUUCUGCCCGCACGCACAAGCAGACGUUACCCCCCUUCCGCCCCCGCCGUCGAUUUGGCCUCGCGAUCCGACGACCCACCUCGACUCGUCCGAUGCGCGUCUCGAGUCGCCCUCGCGUUUCAAUCACGAAAAUAUCACAGCUUCCCCGUUGUCGCAUCUUAGAGUUGGUUCCGAACCUGGGUCGUCUUUAGCGGGGGCACAUGGGGAAGGUAUGCGCCAAUGCGCGCAGCCCGCUCCUGUAGCGCACGACUCUUCCGCCGUUUCCGCCGCCUGCAGUCUAUUUUGCGCGCACUGCGCCUCCAUCCUCGUCCCCUGCCUGUGCUGCGCCGCGCUCCUUAUUCCCCCCGCUCUGCCUUCCUCGUCCCCUGCUUCUUGCCAUGUACCCACGCGCCGCCAGCGCGGCUGCGGGGAAAUGGCGGGGAAGGGAGCGGCUUGCGGCAAUGGGGCGGCGCGGAAAGACAUUGGCGGAAACAGGGGGGGAGGCGGAGGCAGCGCUGGUGAAUGCGGAGGGGUAGGAGGGCCGGGCGUGAGAGAGGCAGCAGCGGCAGCAGGAGAAGCAGGGGCAUCAGGAGCAGCAGAGGCAGCGGCAACUGCGGCGGCAACCCGGGCAGAGGCGGUGGUGACUGGUGAAGGUGUGGGGGGUGGCGGG